AUGGAAGCGUCCAGCGGCUCCAGUUUUGGAAUAGACACUAUUUUAUCCCACGCGUCUAACUCUGCCGUGCUGAUGAACGGAGACUUUCGCCUGAGCGACAGGAGCGCGGACUUUCGCCAACAGCAGACCCCGUCCCCAUGCUCGGACAUAGACACUGUGGGCACCGGCCCUUCGUCCCCCAUCUCCGUCACCAUGGAGUCCCCAGACGCGCUCUCACAGCACCUCCACCACCAUCACCACAACAGCCACGGGCCCGCCCCAGGGCUGCCGCUCUCCCCACAACCCCAGCUCCAACAGCCGCUCAACGGGGCCCCCAGGACUGCCACCUCCUCCUUCCUCAUUAAAGACAUUCUGGGAGACAGCAAACCGCUGGCUGCGUGUGCGCCCUACAGCACCAGUGUGUCCUCCCCGCAUCACACCCCCAAAGCCGAAUGUGCCACGGCCCAGGACGCCUUCAGGCCCAAGCUGGAGCAGGAUGACAACCGCAAGUUACUGGACAAGAGAGACGAGCUGCAGGGCGAGCUCAAGUGCAACGAAGAGGGAGACCGGGAGAUCUCCAGCAGCAGAGACAGUCCACCUUCGCGCUCCAAAAAGCCCCGAAAAGCACGCACCGCCUUCACCGACCACCAGCUCAACCAACUGGAGCGCAGCUUUGAGCGGCAGAAAUACCUCAGCGUCCAGGACCGUAUGGACCUGGCUGCUGCACUCAACCUGACCGACACACAAGUCAAGACCUGGUACCAGAACAGACGGACCAAGUGGAAGAGGCAAACGGCGGUGGGAUUGGAGCUGCUGGCGGAGGCGGGGAACUACUCGGCCUUACAGAGGAUGUUCCCUUCGCCCUACUUCUACCACCCCAGCCUGCUGGGCUCCGUGGACAGCACCACGGCCGCUGCUGCCGCUGCCGCCAUGUACAACAGCAUGUACCGGACUCCUUCCGCUCCACACCCCGGUCUGCAGAGACCUCUGGUCCCCCGGGUGCUCAUACACGGCUUAGGCCCGGGCGGGCAGCCGGCUCUGAACCCUCUAUCUAACCCUAUGAACGGCACGCCGCACCCGCGGUAG